AUGAAGCUAUUGAUACUGACGGCGAUACUCGCCGUCGUUGUCACAUCGAGCCCGCUAUCCGAGACCAACCAAUGGCCCUGGCAAGUUGGCCAAGAAUACAUCUAUGAUGUGGACUCCUACACCUGGACGAAAUACGAGCAAAGCAUCAACAAUGGAAAUGCUUUCUCAGCUAAGUUCAUCAUACGCGUUUUGGAACCAGGCCGAUUAGUGGCCAAACUUGUGAAUCCAAUGUAUGGGCAAUUUCAAGAUCAUGUAACUAGAGAUGCUCCGGUAAAAAAUCUGAACCUAAGUCCACUUCAGGAUAUCGACCAUCCUUUUGAAAUUUUCGUAAAUGGAGGACGUAUCGUCUCCUUGAAGGUACCAACUUCACUGAGUGUUACUAAUGAAAACUUACUUAAAGGACUCGUCAGUGGUCUACAAGUAGACUUGUCUACAUUCAACCAUGUCGAUAGUUUCCCGAACCAUUUUGACAAGGAAACUUUCCAAGGUUUGUUUAAGAAAAUGGAAACUGAUGUCACCGGUAACUGCGAGACCCUUUAUUCUGUUUCGCCCAGUAUUGCAGGGGAAGAAUAUAUACUUUUACCGGUAGAUAACCGUAUCGAGAUCAUCAAAAGCAAAAAUUACGGUUCCUGCAAGAAGCGCGUUGGCUUUACCUAUGGUGUCCCAGAGGGUGCUGUAUGGAAUGGAAUCGCUUACGAAAAUAACGAAAAACAGUUUGUGAAGCACACUACUGAAUCUCGCCUGGUUGUUAGUAAACAAGGCACAAUAUACAAAUCAGAAACCAUUAGUACUGUUUUCGUAAAUCCUCUUAUCAUUGGCAAACAGAAAGCCGAGGUUCACAGUUAUGUCACCUUCUAUCUAGAGUCAGUGAAGCCAGAAAAUAAUGAUGACGUAUGGAAAAAAUCUGUUGAAUACCGCGAUGUUGAUUCGCUUUUGUUCACAUACGACCACGCAAAGUUCACAAAGGGAACCAAAAAUGUUGCUGAUGCUCAGAAACUCCUACAAGAAAUGACUCCUCUGUUGCAAGAUCCUAACAAUCUUCCAAAAGCCGAUUUUCUUUCCAAAUUCAACAUCCUCGUCCGAUCUGUUAUGUUCAUGACUUCGGAACAACUGACUCAAAUGACGGCUAGUAUUGAAGUUGCUAGAUCUUCGGAAAACGGUGCAAAGAAAAAUAUGUGGGUACUAUACCGGGACGCUGUUGCCCAAGCAGGUUCAAUUGCUGCUUUCAAAGAAAUCAAGUCCUGGAUCUUGACCAAGAAAAUCGAAGGUAUCGAAGCCGCAGCAGUUAUUAGUUCUAUGGUCAACAUUCUGCAUUUCCCGACUAAGGAAGUUAUGAACGAAUUCUUCGAACUCGCUGUGAGUCCUGUAGUCCAACAGCAGAGCUUCCUCAAUACCACCACUCUCCUGGCUGUCACGAAAUUCAUUGCAUCUGGAGACGAAGACUUAUUCGUAAAUGAAAAAGUAAUCCCACGGCUAUCGCAAGAACUGAAACAAGCUGUUGAAAAUGGCGACAAGAACAAAGCUCAGGUAUAUGUAAGAGUUCUCGGUAACUUGGCUCACCCGAAUAUCCUGAAAGUCUUCGCUCCUUAUCUGGAGGGUAAGAUUGCAGUCACUAAGUACCUCCGCAUUCAAAUGGUUAUCAGCCUAAAAACCCUAGCUAACAAGAAGAACGAAUACGUUCGUGCUGUGCUAUUCAGCCUCUUGAAGAACACUGCUGAGCCUUACGAAGUGAGGGUCGCUGCUGCCUUGAACAUUUUCCUAGCUGACCCACCUCAGGAAAUGAUGCAAAUCAUGGGACACAUGACGAUUGCAGACCCUAGCACGCAAGUUCGCGCUGUGCUGGCAAACAGUAUUACUUUCGCUGCCGGACUGAAAGACCCCCGUUUUGCAACUCUCGCUAAGACUGCUAAGUCUGUCUUGAACCUGCUUCCUGAAGAAAAGUUCGGCUAUCGUUACUCGACUGACAGUUUGAUUGAUGACUACACCAGUGAUGAUGAGCUUUCCCACUUCAGAGAGGUUUCCUUCAUCGGCAGUAAGAACAAUCUUAUACCCGUCUAUGAACGAGGGGCUCUGAGGUUCGGCAGCACUGGUUGGACUGAAGAAGACUGGUUCACCUUAUCUAUAUCAGACGUCCAGCACCUAUUGGAGUACAUAUCUGGAUUGUACAAACAUGCAGGACAAAAAUCCGAUGAAGAAUUCAAAAUAAGUGUCAAAAAAGUUAUCGAAACGCUAAAACUUAAACCUGAACAUCGCUGUGAUCUCGAGGGCUCCUUCUUCCUAAAUAAUUGGGACCAGCAAAUGUUUCUCACCUUCACUGAAGACGAUCUCAACUCUUUGCUAAUGGAAUUCAUGAAAGAGUCAGACAACUUGUUGAAGGCAGUUGAAUCUAAUUAUAUUAAGGUUUUGACACAAAAGCAAGUUUUCAUAACUUUCCCUCUUCCUAUGGGCAUGCCAUUUAUAUUCGACUACAGUGAACCAACAGCAAUCCUUCUUCAAAGUAAAGCUAAAGUCACAGUCGGUGAAGAUAUAUCUGCAUCAUUAAGUAAUGAGCUCCAGUUCACAUAUGCGAGAAACUUGGAUGGUAGUGUUGGUUUUGAAGAUACACUAAACGAAGUGUAUGUAGCUACGGGUAUUGUCAACAAGCUGCAAUUUUAUGUGCCUGUCAAGCUGAAUUUGGCUGCUACAUUAAAGGAGUUCAAAUUGAAUCUUGAAUGGCCGGAACAAAAUGCUAACCUUAUACACAUGAGCGUGUGGCCCUACAGUACAGUACAAAAGAUAGGUUCAAUACAACCCGCAGCUGAAAAUCCGUUGACAAAACUAAUCGAGCGGCCAAAAAAAGUGGUUUCUAGUGAUAUCAAGUUUGGUCAUCCGACUGGUACUAUAUUCCAGUUCCAAGCAAACUCUUACUCCUCUGAUUACAAGGAUCCAACCAAUCUCUUCGAUGAUGAUCUUCUGACGAAUGUUCGUAAUCUGCUAUAUCAGAAGGACGUUGCAUUGACGCAGUUCAACUUAAGGUAUCUUGCCACAGAAUCACAAAACAAGGCUGUCUCGUUGACAAUUUUCAACGAUAUUAUUUACAACCAGGAACAGACGAAUAGUGAAUUUGAACCAGCAGCGGUCGUGACUGAUCUUACACCACAGGAUCGCCGUCAGGAGAUCAUUAACAGAGUAGCCUCAGAAAUAGAAUAUGGCAAAGUUGAACUUGUUGACAUUAGCCUUGUCUUUGAUGGUAAACACAAAAGGGAGUUCAUAUUGACUGGUGCAGUAGAGACCAGCUAUUUAGAUUACCAGGUACACGGUGCAUUGUUAUAUAAUGGCUACCAACAAAUCAAUGCAGUCUUUAAUAUGACUAAACCAUUACUGAUACCGUUAAACUUUGAAAUUGCCCUUGAAAAUGGCCCCAAACUAGAAUUCGACGCUGAUUUCAAGGUGGGAAAUGAUAACAACAUCCAUCUCAAAGUAAAUGGUGAACGCAGUAAAAUGUACAAAGAAUUACUUAUCCGAAAGGAUCCGUUAGGACAACAAUGCUUACAAGACAUCAAAGAAAAUAACUUGUACCAGAAAGCUUGCUACAAAAUGCUUGUCAAGGCUCACGCUCCAGAUUACUUCAAAGGUACUUUGACUUACAAGGAUUUAGAGAGAUAUACUGAUGUGGCAUUCGCCUAUAGCCUUUACGAAGUGUUGUCGAGUACGUUCGAUUGGGAAAAAGAGGAGGAUGUUUCCAAAACAGCUGAAGGCGGUAAAAUGGAGAUUGAAGCGCAAGCAUAUUAUUAUGACAACUACAUUGACUAUAAACUCACGUCGAAAGUAGGCGAGUUCCGUUUGAAAAAUGUCGAGGGAAUGUCUUACUACCCGUAUGCUAUGUCCUUCUAUACUAUUUUAACUGGUUGGGAACAUGCCCGUAACUGGUUCACUGACUACCAAAAUUUGCCUUUCUGUGCCGUGGACAACACCAAAGUUUCGACAUUCAGCGGUCGCAGUUACGACUAUAGCAUCACUGGAGCUUGGCACCUCGUGAUGGUUGACGAAGCUAAGGAUUUCGGCAAUGAGCUGCUCAUCCUAGCCAGAAGACCAGAAGAAAAUCAGACCGAAGUUUACAUUACUUACAAGACCAGAACGGGUAAGAAUUUGGAACUUAUCCUGAAACCCCUGCAAUUGGAAGUGACCUGCAAUGCCAAGGAAGUUUGCGAAGAUGGUAAAACAGUUUACUAUGACGAAGAGGCAAUGAUUCCUCUUGUGGAGUAUUACAGCCUCCGCGGUGGCGUGAACAGCAUCGAAAUAGUGAGCCUCAAUAACGGAGGCGUUCGUCUUAUUUAUGACAACCACAGACUUGUUAUAUUCAGCGAUGAUCAUCGUGGAGUUACCAGAGGUAUCUGCGGCCAGAGUUCUACUGAGAUUCGUGACGACUACAUGACUCCUUACGGUCUGGUCGACUCCCCUAAACUUUACGGGGCGUCCUUUGCUUUGGACGGUGAGUACGCCGAUCCUAAGACUGAGGAGUUGAAGAAGGAAGCUAAGCUGAAGGCGUACCAGCCUGUCACCAAGUACACCAACAUCCUUCGCUCUGACGCUGAGUGGAGCAACGCCGUGCAUUACUAGUUCCUACAUGUGUUAUUAUUUAUUUACUUAAUUUUAUGUAUUGUUUAUAUUUGUGAUAAAGACUUUCUUAUACUUCCCAGAUAUGUUUAUAUUGAUUAUACUUAUUAUAUAAAUAUGAAACAAACCAAUGAUUGGAUUUUAGGAAACUGCAAAAUAAAAAUAAAACAUUCAAGAUAAAGAAAUGCGUGGAAUCGUGAAUGAUAAUAAAAUUAAAAUGUGA